AUGUUCUGUGGUGGAGUCUUCAGACGCAAGAACUUUCCAAAGACUGCACAAGAACCAAUCGCUACACGGCGAAAUCCGGGAAAAGUAAAAGUACGCCAUACGGAGUUGCCAUUUAAGUUAUUAACCUUACGGAGUACACUUAUAUUAGAUUACUUCGAUCAGAAAAUUUUGGAAAAAUAUUCUACCACGUCCCCAUUUUUUUCGGCUCCCGAGUUCCUUUAUCUGUACAAAACUUCAAGUAUCAAGUCCAGAGUCCCAACUACUGAGAGCUUGAUGGUCGCCAGAAAAGUUCCAGUUACACGCAUUUACGUUUUCUUACCGCUUGCCGUCGCAAACUUACAGCAAGCAUUUAUGGUGGACAUCAUGAGGUGUGCGACUACAGCGGAACUCGGAGAAUUUCCCGGAAUCAAACUGUGUCCCGCCACAGAGUACACGCACGCACGCACUCACCCUCCUAGCAUCUACUUUGAUUUGCUCCAUAGCAUUCUUAAAAUUCAAGAUCAUUAUGAAGCAUAG